CCAUGGGAACCCAUUUGUAAAACACUGAACUUAUUCAGACACAAAGCAAGAAAUAGUGCGUGAGUUGAUUUGUUAUGGGAAAUUGUUGAAACGGUUUGUAGUAAGAACACAGAAUUGACGCAUUUUUUGUGCUCUAUUUAAGCAUAUUUUGCAGUUUGAGAAUUUUAACGUUUGUAGAGAUUUGUGCAUUUGGGAUGUCGUUCACUAUAUACCCUCUAGCAAAUGCCAAAGGAGUGAAAAAGCUAUGCGAACUUUGCCAGAAACCUGCUCGACUUAAGUGCACACAAUGCCUGGUCACAUUUUACUGUGACCCUGAUCACCAGCUGACUGACUGGAUCAGUAUUCAUGAAAAAGUGUGUCCAUUGCUGGUAUCUAUUCACGCGCUGCAGUCCGACCAUGACCACCACCAAAAAGAAAGAGUGAAGAAACAGGAGUACCUAAUAGAGAUUGCUCAUUUAGAGGCGCAGAGGUGGGUGUCCAAGAAGAGGUUCCAGGAUGUGUUGCCAGCCGCUCUCCUAUUCCUGCGCUGGGCCAUGCAGGUGUAUGGAACCUGUGCUGUUGAACUGGUACCAGCUUACCUACUGCUUGCACAGGCUAAUAUAGGUUUAGGUUCUCUCUCCCUGGCUCAUGAGUAUCUGUCUAAGGCUGAGUGGACAGUGAUGAGAACACCAGGCUGCAGUCACACUGUCCUUCAUCAGCUUCACAGAACCCUGGGCCGACUGCAUGCUGCCAUGGGAAAAUACACAUCUGCUCUCACUCACUUUGCCAAUGACGUGUACUAUGCCAGUGAGAUGUAUGGUUUGGACAGUACUGUGACGUCUGGAGGAUAUUUCCUGAUGGCUGAUGUGUUUCUGAAGCAAAACAAGCCUGAAGUUGCCCUCUCGCUCUAUGCAGAGGUGGCGAGUUCAUGGCACUCUCACCUGUGUAAGCUGACGGAUGAUAUCAGUCGGAGUGGCACUCAACCAGAAGAAUGUUUUGAUGAGGCCCAGUGUGUGGAGGCUGAUCAGAUGUUGAGAUGUCUCUUAGAGUUUGAGGAACAGUGUGUGAAACCUCGCCCUGACCAGUCAGUCUUGUUGGCUCAUUCUCUAGCUAUGCUGUGGUUGCUAUGCAACAACCACACCAAGGCUCUGGAGUAUGGGAAGAAAGCUGAGGUGUUGAUCCAGGGGUUAAGUGAACAAAACAGACUGAGAGAGUCAAUCCAUAAACUCCUACAACAUGCGGAGAAACACUUGGCAUGAGAUUGCCCGCUAAACCUAUACACCACAGACCUCCAAAAAACAAUAAAUCAAAACAGACCACAAUUUACUGCACAAUAUUUACACUGUACGGUGGGAUCCUGCUUAAUUUCAUAUUCAUUUGUUAAGCUAUCAUCACUGGAUAUUGGGAGAAACUGGUGCAGUCACUUUAGUGAAAUUUCACCUGCAAAAAGGAUCCAUUGUCAAUAGUUUAUUAAGCACAGCUCACAUUCAAACCUUUCUGACCAAACCCGACAAACCAAACCUCCUUCACAAAACUCACAAGCUCAUGGAUUCCUAUUGAAUUGAUUGGAUUUUGCCUGCAAAAGUCCAAAAUGUGACUGCACCUUUAGUGAGGCAAACAAUAGCAAAAGUUCGAUGGAAAAGGUCUGUCAACCGUGAUGUGAGAUAAAGACAAGCUGACACAAAUUUCAUGUUCUGGACAUUUUUUGAACGUCUUUAUUGGUAUUAUUGGUUUUAUUACGUAAUGACACAUAACAUCAAUGUUAGCGUUCUAUCACUAGUAAUUUCUCGUUUUAAAUUAUACAACAUUGCUUGGUUUUUGGCAUUUAGGUUCCCACUAAAAAAAGGAAAACAAAUACAAAACAAGAGGUGCAAUGAAAUGGAGUUUCAAAACAUUUCCCUUUUCCAUUCCAUAGAACAGUUCAUUAGCAGCAACUGUUUUUUUGUGACACUAAAUGAAUUGCCAAGUCAGAGGAGUAUAGUGGUACCUUAAUACUCAGAAUGAGUAUAAUUUCAUAUAGACAAUGCUUUCCACUGAGCCAGAUCUGAUGACGCCAUGUUAGCUCUCAGUUCAGAUUUAGGACUCCAUUCUGAUUUGGAGUCACACAGUUUGUAGACUAAACCUAAGGGGAGAAGAAACUUCCUGUUGUAUUCUACCGGAAGUGGAGGCAGAGUGUGUAAGAGUCGGACAACCAUAUGGUGCGUUAUAGCAAACACUGAAAAGUGUCAGAGAUUACAGGGACACUUGUUCUUGAGUGGGAUGAGGUGGAGGGUGCAAGUCUCUGGUGGCAUGGAAUGAUGGAACACAUCACACACAAGACGGCAAAUCACAACGCUUGAGAGGGGGUGGUGAGAAGAGUGCGUGUGUGUGUGUGUGUGUGUGUGCGUGCGCGUGUCUCAGGUGGUCAAUGUCUGUUCAGUCAAACUCACACUAAAACCCUUCGCCACUCUUCAGCCUUUCCCAAGCAAGGUUAUCGCAUAUAAACCAGUUUGUCCUUUUUCUCAACAAAACAUAAAAUUAUAAAUUAGGAAAACAAAAGACAACAGAACACUAAGUAUAAAACAAACAAGAAAAAGAUUGCAUUUAACCAUCAGGUCUCACAGCAUCCAUUUCUUAAUAUUUUAUAACGCUUUGUCCUUUUGUUUAUUGAUACACAUAGGCAGGACUGUCUAACAUGAAUGUCACGUUUCCAAGGACAGGAAUUUGAUCAAGGCUGCUUCCCCGAGUUAACUAAAAUUUCAAGUCUAUAUUUCAUCUUAAAUGUAAACUGUAAUUUAUUUAAAGUCUGAACUCACAUUUAAUUGAUCUAAACUAUGACGUCUAACAUGGCAAACCAUGGUAUGGUUUGGAUAGUUUGGUCCAUUUUUUUAAUAUGCAAUUUAAGACUCAAUGCAAAUUUUUAGCCAUUUCCAAAUUGAAAAGGGAUAUUAAAAGAGUCACUUAAUGUUAAAUAGAAUUAGACUUGAGGAAUGUGCAGUGCUCAAAUCAAUACAAUUCCUGGUCUUUCUUUCCGGUUAUUGGCUUUUAGACCACUGGGCUGAAGUAAGAGAAGUUGUAGCACCCAUUUGAGUUGACACUUCAGUUUUAUUGUUGCAAUAUUUUUGUACAAACAAAUCGUUGAAGACAAAUAGCGUAUUCAUCGUCAGCG